GAAUUCGACGAGGUAGGAGAAGAAGUGGUGAGCGUCACUGACGGUGGAAUUAGAACGUUGUUUACGGUUUACAUUGCCCUGCCCAUUUAUACUAAAAGGAAAAUACGUAGUGCUUUUUGUGAAUAGUGUAUUUUUUACAUAAUUUUGGUUGAAAUUACUCUUUAAUUUUGAUUGUGUUAUUAGAUUUAUCGUGACCGGUGUAAGCAAUCUAGCACAUAGGUGAAAGAUGCCAGAGGAACAAAAACUAGGGAGUGGAGUAGUUGAAAUGUCCACAGAAAAUGGAACUGGAAGCACUUCGCCUAAUAAAAGUCCCGUUAACAGGGGGAAAAUGGCUGCGGCGAAAAUCACUUUCUUGGAUGGCACUGUCAAAGACUUUUCAAUUGAAAGAAAAGCAAAAGGCCAGGAGCUUUUGGACAAAAUUUGUCAGAGUAUGAAUCUUUUGGAAAAAGACUACUUUGGACUUAUUUACGAAGACAAACACGAUCCAAGAAAUUGGUUGGACCUAGAUCGGAGAAUUUCCAAAUUUCUAAAAAAUGAUCCUUGGAAAUUUAGCUUUGAGGUUAAAUUUUAUCCGCCGGAUCCAGCACAAUUGCAAGAGGACAUUACACGCUAUCAAUUGUGUCUUCAAAUCAGAAAUGAUAUCAUGACUGGACGCUUGCCGUGUUCCUUUGUUACUCACGCUCUCUUGGGAUCUUAUCUAGUGCAAUCGGAAUUAGGGGAUUAUGAGUUUAAAGAACAUGGAACAUCAUAUCUCAAAGAUUUCAAAUUCGCUCCUAAACAAACGCCAGAGCUUGUUGAAAAAGUAAUGGAUCUUCACAAAACACACAAGGGCCAAACACCAGCGGAGGCAGAGCUGCAUUAUUUGGAAAAUGCGAAAAAAUUAGCAAUGUACGGUGUGGAUUUGCAUCCGGCAAAGGAUUCGGAAGGUGUUGACAUAAUGCUCGGUGUUUGUUCAUCGGGUCUUCUUGUCUUUCGAGAUAAACUCCGAAUAAAUAGGUUCGCUUGGCCGAAAAUUCUCAAAAUCUCCUACAAACGACACAAUUUUUAUCUGAAAAUCCGACCUGGAGAAUUUGAGCAAUUCGAAUCGACUAUUGGUUUCAAGCUCGUGAAUCACAGAGCUGCUAAAAAAUUGUGGAAGGUUUGCGUCGAACACCACACUUUCUUCAGGCUCACCAGUCCAGAGCCUGUGAAGAAGGUUGGCCUGAUUCCACAUUUGGGAUCGAAUUUCCGCUUUUCCGGCAGAACCCAUUACGAGACUAAAAAGGUGCCUAUAGACAGACAGCCGCCAAAGUUUGAGAGAUUUCUCAGCGGUCGAAGAAUCACCUCACGUAGCAUGGAUGCUUUAGGUGGUUCAAAGCAAUUAGAACCCUACGGUUCAGAGCCUAGCAAACGCCACACCAUGAGUUACGAGCCUGAUACGAUUCCCGAUAUGGAGCAUAUAGACCAACGACCUAGUCCCAUCAAGAAGCAAAAAGAGAAGCUCACUCGAAAAACAAGUACUGGAACGACCUCCGCCAGCAGUACCAGUAGCCUGGAAGGAGAGUACGAUGCUAACCGUGGCAAUAAGAAACCGGUGGGAGGGAUUGCUGUCCUACCGCCUGGUAGUAUUUCCAAAAAGGAGACAAAAAAUGAAAGUGAGAAGGAAAACCGUAAUGAUCUCAAUAAUUCUGAUUUAAUUAACGAGAGCUCCGGGCUCGAGAGUAUUGAUGAGAAUUCAACGGGUGUAAGAGAUAAAUUAAAGAAUAAAAAUUCGCCAACAAAAUCGGAAAAGGAUAAGAAAGAAAAAAUUAAGAGCCCAGUUGGUGGCUUUCUCUUUGGUAAGAAAGACAAAGAUAAAGAGGAAAAGCAGAAGCCAAAGAAAAGUAGAGUAAUCGAAAAAGGGGAUAUUGAAUCGAUUUCCGAGAAAACAAAUUCAAAUACCGACGAUAAAAAAUCAUCGGGUUCAUCAGAUUUAGGAGCUUUCAUAAAACCCUACGAAUACGAAGAGACCGCAUCAUCUCCAACCAAAAAACCACCAACCUCCCAUGGAUUUUCCUAUGAAGAAAGACCAGCAUCACCCGGCGUUACAAAUCAACAAUCACCAACAGGCACCGGAAAGAAGGCAACAGGCCUCGCCUUCAAUUAUGCACCCGGCCAAACGCAAAAAGUUGCCGAAUCUGCCGAGAAACGAAAAACCAAAGACGACGGCAAACUGAACGAAAAUAAAAUCGAAUUGAAACCAAUUGGCCUCAAGACACCGGGGCUUAAUUAUGUCGAGUCGGCAAGUUUGAAGGAGCAACAGAAGGAAAAGGAGAAACAAAUUUUGCCUCCCUCGGGUUCGGUCAUGAAAGAUGUGAAUACUCCGUUUUUGAAUCAAGAGCGACAGUCGACAAUCACUCCUGUAGUGUCUGGAUUGCCAGAAGAAAAGGAUGAAUUCCAGUAUCUUCUCCUACCACUUCCGGAUGGUUCGCGAGUCAUUGGCGGAGUGAUAUUCACAAAGGAGGGUAAACCCCUGGACCAAAGUAACCUCGGUCCGGAAGGAGGGAAAAUAAUAGACGGCAAAGUCUGCGGCAAGAAUGACAGUCCAAUCAAGAAGGGCGACUUCGGUCCACAUGGAAUUCACAUCUCGAAUGGUCUCGUUGUUGGAAAGGACAACAAACCGUUAAAUCAGAAUAUUAUCGGAAUCGAUAAUUGCUCUGUUGUUAAUGGUCUGAUAAACGGACCCAACGGUAAACCGCUAAAACGACUGAUGUGUCCAGAAACUGUGGUAAUUAAAGAAGGACGGUUACUUUUCAAGAACGGAAAAGUUUACCACAAGGAACGUUUGGGACCAGACGGGAGCUUUGUCAAGGAAGGUUUGAUAUUUUCCCACGACGGAAGACCGAUGACUCAGGGUUCGUACGGAACGGAUGGGAACUACAUAGUUAGUGGAGUUGUCUGCAGUCGGGAGAAUGGUAAACCCUCGAGUCAAAAUGCGGUUCUACCCGAUCCAACGUUCGUUAAUGAUGGUUUGAUUCACGGACGGGAUGGAAGACCGCUACCGAAUGGAGAACUAGGUCACGAGGGUCUGGUUAUAACGGAAGGUAGAGUCUACUCCAAGGAGGGAAAACCGGUGAAGCAUGUCACAUUCAGUUCGGAUGGUUCGUCUAUCAAAGAUGGAUUGAUUUUCGGCAAGGAUGGCAAGUUUUUGAGUCAGGGUUCUCUGUUGCCGCAUGGAGCGCACUUGAAGGAUGGUAAGAUUGUGAGUAAGGAUGGCAAGUCGAUAAAGCAUUCGUAUUAUAAACCUGAUGGUAGUUUCGUUAAGGACGGGGUUAUUUAUGGCAAGGACGGUCGACCGUUGAGUCAAAUUCCAUUUAUUGUGGAUGGUGCGUACGUUAAGGAGGGUUUAAUAUUCGAUAAGAAUGGAAGAUUGUUGAAUCAGAGUCUCUUCAAGGCGGAUGAUACGAUUGUAAAAGAUGGUAUUGUUUGCGAUCCGAAUGGUACGCCGAAGGGAAGUGGAUAUUUGGGUCCAGAUGGUCUGGUUAUUAAGGAGGGAACUAUUGUUGGAAAGGAUGGCAAACCGACGAAGCAGGAAUCCUUCGGCUCCAACGGAAGUUCGAUAAAGAAAGGUGUGGUUUACGCUAAGAAUGGCAAGAGCCUAAAUCAAGAUUCUUUUAUCCCCGAGGGAACUUGUAUCAAAGAGGGUAAAUUGUGCACUAAAGAUGCCAAACCCCUAAAGACUGCUUUCUUCAAACCUGACGGUAGCUACAUUAAAGAUGGUCUUCUUUACGGACAGGAUGGUAGACCUUUAAAUCUAAGCUCCGCUCUGCCGGAGGAUUGCUUCAUUGCAAACGGAGUGAUUUUCGAUCAGUUCGGCAAACCGUUGAGUAAGGAUACUUUCGGGUCCGAUGGAUCUUACGUGACCGCUGGUUUAGUUUGCGGGAAGGAUGGAAAAAUUGUCGAGAAAGGAGUCUUCGGACCGGACGGAAACGAAAUAAGAAACGGAUUAAUUGUUGGAAUCGAUGGCAAAAGUGUGACCCAAGACGACAAGGGUCCCGACAAUCUAGCAUUGAAAGAAGGUAAAAUAGUCGAUGCCACGCUAGGCAAACCGAAAAAUCAAGGUUCCCUCCUCCCAGACGGAUGUUAUAUUCAAGAAGGUGUUAUUUACGACCGAAAUGAACGAAUGGUCAAGCAGGGAGCUUUCCGACCAGAUGGAAGUUACGUCAAAGAUGGUCUGAUUUAUGGAUGGGGGGGUCAAUUGCUAAAUUCGGGGUCACAACUACCAAGUGAAUCGUACGUAGAGGAUGGUCGAAUUUACGGACAGGAUGGCCAACCACUAAAUCAUGCUUCUUUUGGCCCAAAUGGAGGAUACAUCGAAAAUGGAUUUAUCUACGGACAAGACAAGAAGCCCUUGAGUCGAGGAACCUUUGGAACAGAGGGCAGUUACAUUCAGAAUGGCUCGUUGUGCGCCCCCAAUGGAAAGCCCCUAACUAAACGAACUUCGGUCGUCAGCAUCAGUUUCGUAAGAUACGGUUUGGUCUGUGACGAAGAUGGCAAACCCCUACAAACCGGCGUCUUCGAUGAAAAGAAUGGAUCCACGAUCAAGAAUGGAAAGAUCUACAACAACAGGGGACAACCACUUAAUGAACAAGUUCUUGGCGAAGAUGGCUAUUUUGUGAAAGAAGGCCUCCUUUUUGCAACCAAUGAUAAACCAUUGACGAAAGGAAUUCUCACCCCAGAAACGAGUUACAUUAAAAACGGAAAAGUCUACGAUUCUACCGGACAACCUCUAACUCAAGAAGCCUUUGGUCCCGAAGGCGUGCGAGUUCUACAAGGAGUUGUCGUCGACAAGGCAGGUAAACCCUUGAAGCAAGGAGUCUUCGAUUCCGAGGGAAACAUCAUCAAGGACGGAAUUGUCGAAACUAAAAGUGGCAAACCUUUGGAUAAACAUUAUACGAUUACGAUAACCUUGGUGAAGAGAGGUUUAAUUUGCGGUAAGGAUGGAAAACCUCUAGUGAACGCUCCUUUUGGAAAUGAGGGAAAUCUCAUUAAGGACGGGAAACUUUACGAUAAAUCGGGCAAUCUUCUCAAUCAACAAGUAUUUGGGGACGAGAAGGGUUUUAUUAAAAACGGUAUUAUUUAUACGGAAAAUGGAAAGCCUAUGGAUAAGGAAAUUCCUCAAGGUUUGUCGGGAGAAAUAUUCACUUCCACGAAUGUUGUCGCUCCGGCAAAAACGAAGAAGGCUAUUAUUCCCGUCACGACGCCGAUGAUUGUCAAAUCAACGACAAAGCACUCAGUAGUCAAGGAUCUGGGUGGAGUGACUCAGAAUAUUGAGGAAAAAGUUGAGGAUCUCACACCUGGAGGAAGUGGGCAAGUCGUUGUCAAUACGCAAGUAAACAAGGCGGAGGCAACACCAGACGAUGGUAAACCACCGUACAUGACGGCCACUGCAGUCACAACUCGUACUGCAACCAUGCACGAAGAUUUGGGGAAAAAUAAGAAGACCAGUCAGGUUGAAGAAAAGACUGUAGCCCAUACAACGGCAACGAGUGCAACACGACAGGAGCAACGGACAAUGACGCAGGAAGUAAAAACAACAAGUCACAUUCUUGCCGGAGACCAGCUAUACUCACGACGGCACAGUACAUCAAGCUCAAGCAGUGGGGACUCAGGUACACCCAUUGAUCUUGACGAUGAUCAUCAGGCUUUCUACAAUAAAUACUACCAGGGCGAUCCUGCUGGUAUAAUUGCAACUGAAUCUCACGUCUUUUCUGGCGAACCAGAAAAUAACGUUACAACAACAACAACAGUACCAGUUGUUGCUACCGAGACAAGAAAAGUGGCACUUGAAAGCGAGGAUGGAAAUUAUUCCGCAAAAGGAGAGAUUGUCAGUUCACAAACUAUUUCCAGUAAAACGCGCACCGUUGAGACGAUUACGUAUAAAACGGAACGAGACGGAGUUGUGGAAACGAGGGUUGAACAAAAAAUAACGAUACAAUCAGAUGGUGAUCCAGUCGAUCAUGACAAGGCCCUGGCCGAAGCAAUUCAACAAGCAACAGCAAUGAAUCCCGAUAUGACAGUAGAAAAAAUAGAAAUUCAACAACAAACAGCUCAAUAAGGUUACAACAAAAAAAAAGAAAAUUAUUUCAAACGAAAGUCGAGAAAACUCUGUCUUAAAAAAGUUUUUCUAAAAUAAGUAUUUUUUACUUAAAUCUUAGAAAACUCUAAAAAAAAAUUAGAUUUCUUGUACAAACGUACCAGACUGAUUAAUAUUCAGGUAUGAGCACUAUAUUUUGCUCUUAAAAAAUAAUAAUAAUUAAAAAAAAAAAGUUCAACUAUUAAAAUAUUGAUUGAUGAUGAAAUCAUGAAUUACAUUUUUACUAAACUUAAUUAUCAAGUUAAAGAAAAAAUAUAAAAAUAAUUUAACACGUAGAUCGUGUGCAAAAGACAGAGGACUUGACUAACAAUAAAUUUUCUGUUGCUUUUAACAAAACGGAUAAAUAUAAACAAUAAUACGAAAAAAAAGUGAAAGAAAACUUGUUUUUCUGAUGUAAAAAUCUCAAUAAGAAAUAAUUUUUGUAUAAAAUA